AGAAAUGUCAAAUGAAGUAAUAGACGUUCUAAUUGGUCGUUACAAUGCAUUGCCCUCGGUGGAAAAGAUGUCAGGAAGUGCUUGCUAUGUUUUAACUACGGGAGGCGCUUAUAGUGAGCUACCGGAGAAUUCGAGUCCAUUUUUGUACCGAGCUGCAAGGUAAAGUAUGUCGAUAUUGCCGCUCAGCCUAGCCCCUGUUUUGCUUCCGCGAUGCUGGCGAGAGUCGGGAAGGUCUAGCACAAUUCGCAAAUCUGCCAUUUUUGGAACCAUUUUUGGGGCAUCUUUGCAUGAAACCGGAAUACCUGGAGGCAACUCAAUGCAGUAUUUGGUCGGAAACUUAUGAGAAAUAAUACAAGACAACUGUAUAUUACUUUAAAAAAACUCAAUAAUUCAUGAGGAAAAUACAAAAUAAAUGAAUGUUUAAUCAAUAUUUGUAAAUCAGACAAAGGUUUGUCCUGAUUGACAAAGAUUUGUCCUGAUUUACAUAAACUUCAGCUUUGAUUUUCUCGGCUUAGACAAUUAGUUUAUUUUUAAAAUUACUUUAAAAUUCGCAUCCGAUCUUUAUCUGAUAUACAAAUUUUCGCCUUCGGCUCGAGUUUGUAUGUCAGAUAAAGAUCGACUGCUCAUGUUUUAACUAGUACUAUAAUGUAGAAUUGGAAUCUGUAAAUAUAGAAAACAACUAUAUUUAUAUAGUAUCCCAAAGGUCGCGGUUCGAUUCCCACCGUGGUCAGGCAAACGUUUCAGCUUGCCCGGUGCAGUGAAUGCACACUCAGAGUAACAUCACAAACAUCAUAUUCACCUGAGUACACAACACCAACACACACAAAAUUAUAGAAAACAACUUUUGACUGACGAAGGCCUCAGUUACACCAUACGGGAUUCGCUUGUCAAAACAUCGAAUUUAACACUUAAAAUCGCGAUAAUAUGACGAAAUAAAACGAAAACUGUUAAAGGGGAAAAUUUUGUGGGCAGACAUACUCAUGAACAGCGUAUCUUAAUAUCGUAAAAAGCGAAUCGUGUUAUAACGGGGGCUAAAAACCACCUGCAAGAUUGACUGAUGACUUGAGCAAAACGUAGCCGCAAAUCGGUUAACUACUUUUCAGUUUCGUGACACAUGCAUGCUAAUCACCUUUAUCCCAUUUUAUGACUAAUUCGCCACACCGCACGGUUAUUGCCAUUAUGCGAAUAUUAAAAUUUAUAAGUACACAAAAAAAUUAUAUUGCAAACAUUUUGACAAAAAGCGGCAUUUAUCUCUCGACGAACCAAUAAAAUAUUGCUUGGGAUUGCAAUAUCCGGUAAUUAAACGUAAUAUAAUCUGCAUGAUAUUUCGAGAAAGAUUUUUGCGGUUUGAUUUGAUAUAUAGAUUGUCCUGUCUAUGUCGUUUAAUUAAACACAAUGCAGUAGGGAAGCAUUUUGGACCUUUGAUAUUGUACUGGUGUAUUAACUUUUGUGAAGAAGUGUCGUCUAUUAACACUAAUAAAGAUUAUUGCUUGAACGACAUUCGUCUAUUUUAGGCAUAUUAAUUAAACCGCGUGUUUAUAUCAGUCGUUUAUAUUGGUUCGAUAUUUCAAUACAAUUAAAGAAAACAUUGAAACAAAUGUGCUGACAUGCUAUACAGAAGAAUUUUUGUACAUUGAUCAUUAUACUUAACAACGAUUUGUUCUUGGAUUUGUUCAAGGAUUUGUACAGAUUUUGUACAGACAGUAUAUACUUGGCAUUCAACAAACGAGAGUUUAUAAAUUCAAUUGAAAUUUCUGAUAUUUGACGAUGUCAACCAUACACGAUCUGUGAGGAACAAUUGGAGUGACACUGCCACAAACAGCGGAGUAUAUAACAGAUUAAACUACUACGAUUAUUCUGGCAAAUUAUAUAGAGGAACCAUUUGCAGUCAAUCCACAGUCAAUGCAGUGCAAUUGACCUUUUUAUACAUCAUCUGAAUUCAAGUAUUUUAUCUUUUCUCUUAUCAUAACAGUGAUCUAAUUCAAGGAAUUAUUACUGCUUCAUAUCAGUGCAGAAACGUGGGAUACAGCACAAUUUGAGAUAAGCAGAAGGGAUUCAUAUAACAACACGUCACCUUUCGCUUUGUGGUUAUAAUAUUAUUUACAUAAUAUCAGGCAAGCUGUGGGUGACAAAGCUGAGAGCUGAAAGCGGAAGUCUUGAUAUUGGCCUCAAUUGAGUGAAUUGACAAUUGCAACUUCCAUCGCUUUCUACAGAAAUUCAUUGCGUAGUGAAGAAAUAAAUUGUCAACAUAUAAGACCACAGAGCAAUUAGUCUGGGGAAAUUGUGGAUUUUAUGCUGCGUAGAGCAGCGACAAUUACACUAAAUUUGCUUCAAAUACUAGUCUACUCAUUUGCAGCUGAAAGGAACUGAACAGAUGAACCGUACGUCCACAUAUUGAUUCAGAAGACCAGUGCUACUUUGUCUUGGACUUCGUGCCACAAAGUUGAAUCCGUGUCGGGACGUUUUAUUAAGUAAUAUCGUGUAUAAUUUGGGUAAAUACCGAACACGUCAGCUUUUGUUGCUGAUGAUAUAAGCUUGUGAUCACGCGUUUAUUUUUGUGUAAACUUUCAUACAUCUAACAGAGACUGACUACCAGUUAACGUGUUAUAUUCAUUUCCGAGGCUGAGCGCUGUUUGGACUUUAUUGCCAAGCAGUGAAUCUCAUCAAGAGGGUUUAAUAUUUUAUUGGAUUGAUAGACACGUCAUGCUGCUCUGAUGCGCAUGAUUUAACUAUGUCUCUUUAAUACAUAGAUUCAAUACAUCUAACAGAGACUAAAUAAGGCUGAUCAGCAAUCGACCUUUCUGAGAAGAUUUUUACAGUGGAUUUAUAAUAUACGUCAGCUCUGUAUAUAACCUCGUACUAUAGAUAACUAUGGGUCUAUAUAAUUUCCUCAUUUUCCUACUUUGGUGUACAACCUUGGAAACAUCUCGUAUACCAAAGACAGACCAACCUUCAACCAAAAUGGCCUACAUAAAAGCAUUUAACCAAACUAUCUAUGCGAUAGAAAGACUAUUAUCGUUCUACGAAGAACAGAUAAGCCAAGUCAACCUUGAUGCUAUUUUCGGAUUACGUGUAGCCGAGGGAGCAUUAGCCUUAACUUUAACCCAACACGACGAGUCGUUUUGGAAAGCUGCUGAAACAAAGUACAUUUACCAAAAGCUUAGCAAGUUAAAACAGCAGGCUGCCUCCAUCAAUAACCGAGCGCAGGUGUCAAUAAAAGAACAAUCAAAAGAGUAUUAUGAUAGAUUCAAAGAUAUAGUGGAUAAGCCUUGGAGAUUUUUCAAAGAUUUUGGAGAUCGUAAACUUCCCAUGGUCAAAGCCGGCCUCAAACUAAAGGGCAAAAAUGCAACAUGGGAUGAAGCCACUUCAGAUAGGUGCAUGUCCGAAGCCUUGGGGUCCAACCCCAACCAUACAGAGUGUAUAUUUACUCCGGUAUGUGUGAAUGCAAUUACGGAUCAAACCCAAGUGGAUUACGGUCCAACACACCAGAUUUUAUUCCUAACCCUCGCGGUGAUACAUGGAUGUCAGGAAAAGUAUUCAGAGGUUCUGAAAGAUCACUUGGGCUACGAUGUGGACGGAUUAAUAGAGAAUCGUUGUGUUAGAAUUAUGAAGGAGAUGAGAGCAUUAGAACAGCCGAAUGUCAAGGAAUAUAAUAGGGACUUGUACAUGGAACAGGGUUUUGUAUGUGCCUUGCAUGGUUACGAGGAGUUCCUGACUUUGAAAAGGCUUGGGAAUGUUUUGAGUUGGCAAAGGACGGUUGGGUGUUUCGGAAACUUGAAUGGUGAUGACGAGGGUGAUGGGGAAAAAAGAAGAUCUGUACUCGAGGGUAACAUGGGUCAUCGAAGAAAUGUAGGAUCAUUUAGGAGCAUGCGUAGGCUAUUGGUGGAUGUGGUUGUUGGUCACGGCUGUUCUGCGCACGAGUCGGGAGUAGCUGCUGGGCUCUUGGGUUCUUACGCUAAAUGGCUGCUCGUCAAGUUGGAUACAGGCACAGAAAAUAUCAAUAAAACUAGCAAUAAGAACAACCCUACUACUGGCAACAACAAUAACAACAACAACAACAACAACAACAACAACAACAACAACAACAACAACAUCCACAACAACAACAACAACAACGACAACAGCAUGAACGUGAGUGCCAAAAACAUUUACAUAAGAUCAAUGGUCAUUUCAUUUGUGACUGCCUUACUCACAGUAGCUGUAGUCUUGUCACUUUAUAAACUUGGUGAAAACUGUUGCUCUGGCUAUAGAUCAAAAAGAAAAUAUAAACCACUUGUAAACGCGUGAUAAAAUAUGAAAUGGACGGCGAGUCUUAUAUAAAUAACACUCAUUUAUAAUUGUGAGAAUAUGUAUACUAAGGGCGCUUUCCAUUUUAUGGCCUGACCGUUCAGAUCCGAAUUUUUGUCUCUGUAUCCCAUGGAAGUAUCUGGUCUAUGUUUCUCAAAUAUCUGGCGAAAAUGGACCUCAUUCUAAUUUUAUCUAAAUUUUUCGGUCAGAUAGGUGAGAAGCCGAAACAUUUUGUGUUCAAUUCAACAAUUUGACCAUUCUGGCCGUGUUAAUGGAAAGCGCCCUAAGAUUAGUUCUGAGCAGUAAUUCUGAGCAGUAAUUUUGUAAAUUUAACGGUAAUUAGUUCGCGUUCCAAUCGCAAUAUCGAAUGGGGUUUUCUCUUAAGGUAUUUCUGAGCAUUUCUGGAAAUAGGUUCGAACAACAAACUUUUUUCCAGUUCUGGUCCCACAUCCACUCAAGAAAAAUUUCCGCGGGCAGAACAUUUUCCGAAAAUAUCACUGUGUUAAGGCACAUUUCCACUCAAGAGAAUUUUCCGCGGAAAGAAAAUUUUGUACCAUUUGAUUGGCUGACACAAAUUUUCCGUCGGAAAAAAAUUUUGAAGUUGAUCAAUUUCAUCUUUUAACAAUGACAUUUUCGGAAAACUUUCUGUCCGUGGAAAUUUUUCUUGAGUGGAAAUGGGCCUUUAAAAGCGGAAACUUUUCAACUUCAAAAUUUUUUCCGCCGUUAAAUUUGUUUCGGGCCAAUCACAUUUUACAAAAUUUUCUUUCUGCGGAAAAUUUUCCGGAGUGGAAAUGGGCCUAUAUACAUGAAGGAAACAUUGGCGUAGCGAGCCCGACAAUUCAGUCCCGCUAUGCAAAUUCAAAAUUAUUAUCAUUACUCAUUUCUUUAGAAAUGAUUGUUUUCACAGUCAAUGAACCGACGAAAAUAUUUGCAUAGCGGGACCAAAUCAUCGGCAGGCAGCUGCUGCUCCAUUUACUGUUCUAGAACAUUUGGAACACUGUUCUGAAGCGAUAUAAAACGGAGUGCACACGGUGUUCUGGAACAGUCUUUAGUUUAUUAUCUAUAUGCGUGCAACCAUGCAUUACUAUAUUAAUUAGUUAUUCGCAUAAUAAAGCGUAUAAUGAUUCGCUGUUAUUUGUACAUCUAAGUAUGCUUUUGCAACGUUUUUACUCGUUGAUUUUGCCCAACCCUGGCGUUCAAAUAGCAUAUAAUUAGUAUAUGUCGAAAUAUAGCGGUUAUAACCCUUCAAAAUAACGCUCCGCUAUACAGUGCCAGAUGAUUUUGAUACGCGGAAAAGUACUGGCACUAGUUGUCAAAUAGAAAUCCAUUUUAUGAUUGAAACAACUGGAUAUCUCCUGUAAUAUAGUUUAUUUCGAUUCCAUAUUUUUGUCAGAGCUAUAGUUCUCAUAACCAAACUUAAGUACAAAAUUUCAACUAGUUUCAUAAAAAAUAACGAAAGAUAUAAUUGACUGAAUACAUCAAAAUGGAUUUCUAUUCGGACAACCCUUCCUGAGCGCUGAUUGGCUAAAAUACGAACACGAGAUCACCUGGUGUGCAUUGGAUACACAAAAUAUGUCGCCUCCAUUUCCAAUCACGUGAAAAUGGGCAGUGUCACGUGUCUGUUCUGGCUGCCCCACUCGAAAAUCGGGGUAGUCAGAACAGUUCAGAACAGUCAUGUGACUCUCUUCUGUUCCAUUCCAUUAGUGUUCCGAAAAUCCGGAGUACUCCGAACAGUAAAAGGAGCAGCUGGCGGGCUGGCUAAGCUACUGGAGGGAAAACGCUAUGUUUGUGACCAUAGUCAUUUUGAGGAACAUUUGAAGGCCCGUUUACACUUGCGAUUUUUGCUCCGAUUUCUAGUGCGAUUUUCGUCUUCUGAUGGAUGUGAACGAGCAGAUGAGUUGCGGAUGUUCUGAGUGUAUGUACCCUCAUCUGAACAUUCAUAACUUAUCCACUCGUUCACAUCCAUCACAAGAAGAAAAUCGGCGCCUUUAAAAGGCAAAUUCAGCCUCCGGAAACUUUAAACACUUUUUCCAUGUUAAAGUGAUUUUGUUUGUUAGGACAUUUUUAAGCAAGCUUGUACAUGGGGGUACUUGUAUAUGGGGAGACUUAUAUACGACAUUUGGUGUUAGUAUAUAAUAAUACUUAUGUACCUGUAAACUAUACCAUGAACGAAGGGAAAUACAGUAUAUAACAAAUAAUAAAGCAAGUUGGUUAACAUACAGAUUACAGUAUUAUAUAGCAUUUGUAAAUUCUGAACGCUGAUUGGCUAAGAGCCGUGUUGAUAUAACUCAAAUGUCAACACGGAAACGUCGUAAAAUUUCUUUCUUUAUAUUUCUUUGUGCUAUAUUAUAAAAAAAUUUAAAACAUUUUUCCGUAUUGAUAUACAGUUUUAGUAUUUUUGCACAAGUGAACAUAACAAAUCAGUAUACGUUGAUUGGUCAAAUUUGACGUAUUAAGCCGUUAAUUAUAUUCACCUACAGGUGAAUAUAACAAAACCGAAAUUUUCAAAAUAGCGGCUAGCCGUUUUGUGGAAGUUACUGAUAAAGAAAUAAGCGAAAUUAAAACAAAUUCAGGCCAAAAAACACAAAAGACUUGUGUAAAAAUACUAAAACAAUUAUUCGCCUCAGGUUCGGUGAUUAUCGGGGAAUAUUCACCUCGACUUCGUCUCGGCGAAUAUUCCCCGAUAAUCACCUUGCCUUCGGCGAAUAAUUGUUAAUAUCCACACUCGUGAAAAUUGGGAAAACUCGAAAUUGUGUGAAAACACUCCGCCCGGGCGUCGUGUUAAUGUUCUAUAUUUUUUUUAUAAUAUAGCACAAAGAAAUAUAAAGAAAGAAAUUUUCCGUGUUGACAUUGAGUUAUAUCAACACGGCUCUUAGCCAAUCAGCGUUCAGAAUUUGCAAAUGCUAUAUUAUAAUUGUUAAAUGUAAUUAUCGUCAUUCGUCUGAGCUGUUGGAAUCCCCAUCGCUGCGUUAAUAACUACCUGUCCAAUAAUAAGUCCAUGGGCUUAUACACGAAUGGGCUUAUAUUCGGAAUCGCAUGAUUAUAAACGUAAUUCGGGCAAAAAUUGGGGGAAAUAACUUUAAACUUUCUCCCCCCCCAUUACGGUCCUGUAAUCGUUCGUGUGUCGUGUGCUAAAUAAUAGACAGGUUCAGAUUUGACUUCCGCUACCACUACCGCUACCUUAAAUGUGUUACACAUGCGCAGUAACUGCAAGAGCGUGAGGAAAUCGUCGCAUGUUUUUGUUUUGGGACCGUAACAAAGCGAUUUAUGGUCGUCGGGAGAAGUCCAAUCUGAACAGGUCUAAACAGUCCAUCGCAACCGCUACCAAUGGAGCCGUCAAAGGUAGCGGUAGUGGAAGUUGAAUCUGAACCUGUCUAAUAAAAUAAUACGACAGGCAUUUCUGUUUUUGUUUAGAUUUUGUAUCGCCAAUGUAUGUUCAACGCCCAAUGCAGAUUUUCAACGUGAAGCAGUAGCCUGGCUUGACGAGACCAUCAAAUGUUUGUCUCCUUUCAAAAUGAAAGUGGACACGGAAAUGAGUGAGGAAGUAAUGGAAAGACUUCGUAAAGUGAAGAGACAAUAUGAUCCAGAAAAUUUCUUCAAAUACAAUAUUAAUAUCAGUCCAGAGUAAACUUUGGUCAAUGAACAGAUUGAAAUCAGUGAACUGAAUUUGAACAUUUGCAGAUAUACUGGGUACCAUUAUGGUCAUGCUGAAAGGAUGGACGAGGGCUGGGAGGUUUUCAAGAUAAAUUUAAUCUCAGAAUUCGCUUUAGUUCAGGAUUAUAGUGUUGGGGUUAGUGUUGUUGUUAGUGUUAGGACUUAGAAAUUUGGCUUCAAAUUUCCGGUUGGAGGUAGCUUUCCUGCUAUAUUAUUCAUUUCAAUGCUCUCAUCCAAUAACCAUUAUACACAUAUAGCCUUGACGUAAUAGACACUUCCUGAAUUUGCUGGAGUGCACAAGAUAUAACAAGACGGACAAUGUAAUCCAUUGUAAAUAAGUACUUGUCGUUGCCAGCCAGUAAAUUUGGUGUCCGCAAAAAAAUAUCUGCUGAUUCUGACAACAGGCAGAAACUUACAAAUUUUGUUUAAAAUUCUGAAUAAAAUUGAAUCGAUUCAAAAGAAAUUGAAAAAUAUUUUUGGGGCUAUGCGUGCAUAAUGUUGAAAUGAUAAGGCAAUUAUUAAUUAUUAUAGCCUAGCUCUGGAGAGUAGAUUGGUCUAUAAACUUAUAAAAUAAAUAGUAAGUGUAUAGGAUCAAUUUGAUCAAAAUAAUUUAUAUUAUAUAGGCAUAAACGUCUUUCAAACACACAAUUUUUGUUCAAAUAUUUUCUUUAUCAAAGUUUGAUAAAGGAUGUAACAAUGAUCAGAGAAACUUUUCAGACUUUUGUAAUGUAAACCAGUCAUGAAGUGUGCACGCUUAAGGUCAUAUUACCAUACGAGGCAAUUUUUGUAGUGAAACUUUUGUGGAUGCUGACAUGCUGUAAUCCAUUAUAGAUAAGUGCUUGAAAUCGAGGUGGACAGUAGUUUCCAUUGCCGGCCAUCAAAUUUGGUGUCAGCAAAAAAUGUCUACUGACUCUGUAUAUAAUUUACAAUCGAAAUUUCCAUCUAUAAAAAACCCUCUCCUGCAUGUAACAUGGCCUUUACAGGAGAUUGAACGCAACUUAUAUCAUGUGCAUUCGUGAUAUUGACAAUAAAAGAAGUUUGGUAGGCGGGAUAAUAAUCUGGUCUGGUAGAAAAUGGGCGGGAAACUGACGCUUAUAUAUGUUGCAAUAAAAUAUUUCUCCAACCUAUAUUGACCACAAAUAUAACGC